UCUCAUCCCUUUUGCCAUGACGGAAAACACGAAUUGAUGUGGAUUUCUACUAAUUUAUAACAUAAAAAUUCGUCGAAAGUUGAACAAUCAGAGAUCGAGCUAGUCGAAGGUCAGCAAGCAAGGCGGACGACAUGCAGGAGAAGUGGUUACUGGCCGCACUUUCGCUGGCGCUCCUAUUGGGCACCUGCUCGGCGCUCUACGAAGACCAGAUCAAGAAGUUCGACUGGCGAGGCGUCAAUGUGGGAGCACUGAAGCAGUCUCGCGUGGACCUCAACCAUUUUCAGCCGCGGAUUCUGGUCAGCACCCAUGAGGGGGUGGUGGCCAGUCUGUGCGUAAAGACCGGCGAAUUGGUUUGGCGGCAGUUGCUCGAGCAGAAGCCGCGCGGCGACGUCAAGUUGCUCCAGGUGAGCGGAUUCGCCGAUGACAGCAGCGACACGGCCGCGGCUCCGAUGGGCAGCAACCUGGGCUUCGACAUGCUCACCGUUCAGGGACACGCGCCCGCUUUGGUGCGCGGCUGGAACACCAAUAUGGGUGCCCUUGAGUGGGAGUGGUCCAUCAUGCCCAUGAACACGGAGCGGGCCCAGGACGCCAUGUGGAUUUACAGCAAAUCCGUGCUAUAUCACGUGUUGCCUGCCUGGCGGAGCCACCUCGAGGUGACGGCGUAUUUCGCCAGCUCCGGCCACAGCACUGGCAGCACCAGCAAGAUAAUAGCUCCUUGGAUCACCUCAGAGAGCUGCACCCUUAGCGGCACCUUCUACGUUUGUACGGACGGAAAGCAGUUGAUUAGUCUGGAUCUCGUUUCCAAAAGCGGUCAGGUGAUCCGUACUUCGCUCGAGGAGGAGCCGAAGGGAAAAACUCAGGCCUUGACGGGUCUGAAUGGUGUUGUGAUUGUGGAUGGCAAGCCAAUUAGUGUCAACAAGGACCAAUCGAUCUGCGGUGAUCUGCGAAGCUCCAGCUACGCCGUGGGAAGCUUUAACUAUCGCAAGAUCUUGGCGUAUGCAGAUCUGUCCUCUGGAAUUCUCAGGAUCAAUGCUUUGUAUUUGGAUAACUGUGCACCGGUAGCGGAGUUGGAGCAGAGUCUGCCAUUCCCCGAGCAUUUUGGCACUCCGUCGCUGAGCAACUUCGACUGCAAGCAGAAGCGCAAUGGCGAGGGCAAGAGCUGUCUGUUUCUGUUUAGCACCACCUCGGAGUCCAUCGUGGCAGUGCAGCAGGGACGCGUUCGUUGGUCGCGCGAGGAGUCGCUGGCCAAUGUGAUCGACUCGCAGUUUGUGGAUCUGCCGCUUGCCGAUACCGAGGGCACAUUGGAGAACGAGAUGAAGGGCAAGGCCGGGGAUUUCACAAGUUUUGAGAGAGACAUUACCAGUGCCUUUUUGCGUCGCAUCACCACCCAAGCUGUUCAAAUUCGCAGCUUGUUCCUUCAUGUUAUCGGACUGGGUCCUCCACCUACGGACACCCAGCGAGCCGGCUUGGUCAGGGACUCCUUUGGCCUCCACAAGAUGCUGGUUUUACUGACGCGUGCUGGAAAGAUUUUUGGCAUUGACAAUGUCUCUGGAAAGCAUCACUGGCAGCUGUAUCUUCCCAAUGUUAUUGGAUUCGCUAACGACGAACAGAUGCGUCUGAUUGUCCAGCGCUCGGCCAAGCAUUUUCCGCUUCAGCCGUUGUGCACUAUUUUGGGCAAGAAUGCUGUCAGCGGCAAUGGUGUGCUCUAUCGUUUUAAUCCUAUUACGGGCAAAGUAUCCGAAGGUGGCCUCGUACAGCUGGACUACAAAAUCAAGCAGCUCUCGUUGCUGGGAGAAACGGAAAAGGACUUUGUGAAGGGCAUUCUAUUACUGGAUGCUUCCAACAAGGUACAUGUUUAUCCCGAAUAUGCGACCCCACUGGCUGAUGGAAUGUAUCUGUACACCGCUGAUGUGAAAACUGCAGAGUUGGACGGCUACUUUGUUAAAUAUGCGGGCGGGCAACUGUCCAGCACGCACAUUUGGAAUGCUCGCCUGGGCGGCCACAACUCCGAGCAACAGAUUAUCGGCGUCGCCGGCAAGAAUCCUAUCGAGCAUGUCCACUCCCAGGGACGUGUGCUGGGCGAUCGAUCGGUGCUGUACAAGUACAUCAACCCUAAUCUAGUGGCUUUCGUCACACAGGCACCGGAUUCCACACACAAAUCCGUGCUAAAUUUGUAUCUGGUUGAUGUGGUCUCCGGCUCUGUGGUUUUCACCAUGACGCAUCGUAAGGUGCGUGCACCCCUGAGCAUUGUCCACUCCGAAAAUUGGCUUGCCUACUCCUACUUCAACGAGAAAUUGCGUCGCACGGAGAUUACCACAAUCGAACUGUAUGAGGGCAAGAGUCAGGCAAACAGCAGUGUUUGGAGCUCCUUGCAAGCUCCGCCAAUGCCCCUCGUGGAGCGCCAGUCUUAUAUACUGCCCACAAUUGUUGAGGCUCUGCGGGAAACUAUCACGGAGCGCGGAAUCACCAACAAGCAUGUGCUUAUCGGCACUGCCAGUGGUUCCAUUGUUGAAAUGCCGUGGCAUUUGCUGGAUCCCCGGCGUCCUAUCGCAUCCUCGACUCAGGGACGUGAGGAAGGAGCCAUCCCCUACAUACCCGAGCUGCCUUUGCCAACGGAGAGCCAUAUAAAUUACAACCAGACGGUGGCCCGUCUGCGUAAUAUUUAUACCGCGCCCAGUGGCUUGGAGAGUACCUGUCUAGUCGUUGCUACGGGCUUAGAUUUGUUCGUUACGCGCGUGGCGCCAUCAAAGACGUUCGACUUGCUGAAGGAGGACUUUGACUAUAUUCUCAUUUCCAUAGUGCUAGUCGCGCUCACAUCGGGCUCGUUGAUUGUUAAGCAUUUAGCGUCGCGUAAAUUGCUCAAGCAGGCGUGGAAAUAGGCUUGGCAUUAUUAUUAAAUAAUUGCUUUAAAUACAUAUAAAUUGUACUGCGACCAAAUACCACAAGGGAGGAUGGAAUGAUGAUGAGACAGUGUAAAUCGGCGAGAGAGUAUUGAUAUAUAUAACAUAAUUCUGAUAGCUGCAUUACAUCCCGAAUAAAACCUUUUAUCAACGCUAAGCCUAGGCAAUUAUUUAUAACUAAUUAUAUAGCGUUAAACAUCAAAUAACUAUAAUUAGCUGUUGAAAGGUUUUCAUUGUAUUUUCUGUUCCUUUGAUUUGUGUUCGUUUAAAUUUCCAUUUGAAAAUAUCAGCAUUGAAAGAAUGUUUAAAAAGUAUAGUCAAUAAAAGCAUUUGUAAAGGUGGAAAACGGUAAAGUAAUUAAACAAUUUUUUCAUCAGAAUUAA